UCCUCCCCCUGCCGUCAUCGCUCUCCUUUUUUUCAUCGCAUUUCACUUCCCUUUUUUUUGUUGAUACUCCAGACUUCUCUUCUCUCUCUCUCUCUCUCUCUACAUAUACAGAAAGAUACCCUUUCUUGAUGUUUGUUUGUUUGAUUAAAAGAAAAUAUUCCUUUACUUUCUCCGUCUAUUUGGUUUCUUCUUGACUUCUCAAAUAAUGCAAAGCAUUACCAAGCCUCCCAGGUUCAGACCCUUACCAAAUGGAUGCAUGAAAAUAUAUUGUUGUAUUAUGCACAUAGUUUGCCUUUCUCGUGAUGCGUGCAACAGUCUUGCCUGAUAUUCUAGGAGGGGUUUGCUUCAUUCAAUUAAAAAAAAAAAAAAAACCCUAUACUUGAUCAUUGCCAUUAUUGAGAGAGAGAGAGAGAGAGAGAGUAGUCAUGGGUGUCCCCUGAAUGAAUUUCUCUGGGGAAUUUGUUUCCACUGUUUGAAUUGGAAAGUGAAGGAGAUUUUCCAUGGAUUUUGCUUCAAAAGUAGCUUUGCCGGGGCUUUGAAGGCUGAGAAAGAUUCAUAAUAAAGGCUUGUUGGGUCGUUCAAGGUAAAAAGCUAUUGAUCAAUGGGGGACGACUUGUGACACGCAAAUGGAUCCUAAGGCUUUUAUCAGGUUAUCAAUUGGUUCACUAGGGUUAAGAGUUCCUGGAACACAAUAUUCUUCCACUCCGUGUUCAUGUGAAAUCCGUCUUCGUGGUUUUCCCGCGCAAACAACUUCAAUUCCCUUAGUAUCCUCUCCAGAAGCUUCACCAGAUUUUCAGAGCAUUGCAUCAAGCUUUUAUCUCGAAGAAUCUAAUUUGAAAGCACUGUUGACACCUGGAUGUUUCUCAGCUCCUCAUGCUUUUCUGGAGAUUGUUGUUUUUGCAGGGUGGAAGGGGUCCCACUGUGGUGUUGGCGGCAAAAGGCAGCAGAUUGGAACGUUUAGGUUAGAAGUGGGGCCUGAAUGGGGCGAAGGCAAGCCAGUGAUUCUCUUCAAUGGGUGGAUAGGGAUUGGAAAGAGCAAAGAGGAAGGAGGGAAGUCCGGAGCAGAGCUUCAUUUGCAGGUUAAGUUGGACCCGGAUCCCAGAUAUGUUUUCCAGUUUGCGGAUGAGACCAAGUUGAGCCCUCAGAUAGUUCAGCUUCAAGGCACCAUCAAGCAGCCUAUCUUCAGUUGCAAGUUUAGUCAGGACAGGGCAUCUCAGGUUGACCAAUUGAACACUUACUGGCCAAGUUCUUUUCAUAAUGCUAACCAAGAGACUGAAAGAAGGGAAAGGAAAGGAUGGAAGGUGAAAAUACACGACCUCUCCGGCUCCGCUGUUGCAGCAGCCUUCAUAACAACUCCCUUCGUUCCAUCAACGGGUUGCGAUUGGGUUGCCCGGUCUAACCCAGGAUCUUGGUUGAUUGUCCGGCCAGAUUCUUGCGGGCCUGACAGCUGGCAGCCCUGGGGGAAGCUCGAGGCGUGGCGCGAACGUGGCGUCAGAGACUCCAUUUGCUGCCGCUUUCAUCUCCUUUCUGAAUUGCCAGAGGGAGGGGAGCUUCUAAUGUCGGAGAUCUUCCUCAACGCUGAAAAGGGUGGCGAGUUUUACAUAGACACGGAGCGACGUGCCCACAAAGCAGCAAGCCCACUGCCAAGCCCGCAGAGCAGCGGAGACUUUGCGGCUUUGAGUCCGGUGGUUGGCGGAUUUGUGAUGAGCUGUAGAGUGCAAGGUGAAGGAAGGAAGAAGAGCAAGCCAUUGGUACAGCUGGCGAUGCGACACGUGACAUGCGUGGAGGAUGCCGCCAUCUUUAUGGCUCUUGCUGCCGCGGUUGACCUCAGCAUUGAGGCAUGCAGGCCGUUCCGGAGGAAGAUCAGGAGAGGUACCACCCACCAUUCUUGGUGACAUAUACCGCCUGUUACAUAUCAAUUUAUACAUAGUGAUGUGGUCCUGAAUCCUGAUUAACAUCCAUGAACUGAUGAAGCCCGGAUUGGCUUUUCUUCUGAUUUUUGUGAAAUGAAACAUUUGGUGUGUAUAGGGUCUA